AUGUCCAAGAACCAUGACAAGAAGAAAGCAGUGGAAAUUGAUGAUCACAUCGCGAAAAGAUUUGAUAUUAGGAAGAGGAUUGGAAAAGGUGCUUAUGGGAUUGUUUGGAAAGCGAUGGAUAGGAAAUCCAGGGAGGUGAUAGCUCUGAAGAAAAUUUACGAUGCCUUUCGAAACCCCACGGACGCCCAAAGAACUUUUAGGGAAAUCAUGUUCCUGCAAGCAUUUAAAGAUCACCCUAAUAUCGUGAGAUUGUACAGUAUACACAGAGCAAUCAAUAACCAGGACAUAUACCUUGGCUUCGAAUACAUGGAAACGGAUCUUCACAAUGUCAUCAAAAGGGGAAACAUUCUCAAAGACAUCCACAAAAGAUACAUCAUGUACCAAAUGUUGAGCGCUACUCGAUAUAUCCAUUCAGGCAACGUAAUACACAGGGAUCAAAAACCUUCCAACGUUUUAUUGGACAGCUCGUGCAGAGCCAAAAUAGCUGAUUUCGGGUUGGCCCGAAGUGUAAAUCACAAAGACAAUAUGGAUGGAGAAAUGGAAGUGGACCCAACUCUCACAAAUUAUGUUGCCACAAGAUGGUAUCGGGCUCCAGAAAUUCUAACCGCUAGCAAAAAAUAUACCAAAUGUGUUGACAUGUGGAGCUUAGGAUGCAUUUUAGGCGAAAUGUUACGUGGAAAACCACUUUUCCAAGGAAACAGCACCAUCAACCAAGUGGAAAAAAUUAUGGCAGCUUUACCAACACCUAGUCAAGAAGAUAUAAUAAGCGUUUGUUCUGGUUAUGGAAGCGCCCUGGUGUCAACUCAGCCUACACCAGACAGAUCUUUACAUUCUCUUAUGGAAGGUUACCCAGAAGAUGCCAGAGAUUUAGUAGAAUCAUUAAUUGUCCUUAAUCCGAAUCAUCGACUAACUGCUUCGGAGGCUUUGGAGCACGAAUACGUAAGGAGAUUCUACAGAAAAUCAGGAGAAAUGAUUAUGCCUUACAACGUAGUACCGCCACUAAGAGAUGAUGUCCAACUUUCAGUGGAUGACUACCGAAACAAAUUAUAUGAAUACAUAAAUACUGGUGGUGGACAUUUAUCUACAACCCCAAAAAUAUCAAUUAGAAAUCAGAGAUUGACAAUAUCUAACCAAAGAAUGAUACCAACCGCGCCCCAACAACCACCUCCUCCAACCAGACAAAGGUCUUUAAUUUUGAGGCCGAGAAGAGAGCAGGCUGAGUAUCAAACUACGCUUCACAGACCACAAACAGUUGUCAAGAGAAGUAAUACAUCGAUGAUUGAUGAUAACUCCAUGCACAUGACUCAAGGAAGACUAACCAGCAGCCAAACUCAACAAAGGCAACCUACUGCCAAAUCUGCAGCGACUACCACAUAUGAAAGAAAUCAUAAGCAGGGAAUAACUCCUAUUAGAAAGUCCAUGUCGAGCAAAUCGAGCAAUGUUGUUCAUUCUGAGCCGAAAAUUUAUUGCAAACGACGAGUUGACUACACAGAAGGAGCAAAUAUGACACCAGCAGCAGGAGAUAUUGGAAGAAUGCAGCAUGGAUUCAGUCAACUGAACUUGGCUACACCCAUAUCAUAUCCGCGAUCACAAACUAGAUCGAGCGAUUCGAACAUGCGAUCGAAACUAGAAGUGAUUUAUAACCAUGGCGAUCACAAUGAAACCAAACUAAAAGAACGCAUCCGACGACAUUCAACUAACGAUAGACACACAAAAGCUGAGGCAAACCAUUACAUCAGGACAUCAGUUUCAAGAAACUGUGCUUCUAAUCAUAAUCUAGAACCAGCUUCACGUUAUAGCAUCAGACAGAAGAAAUAUUCCAGUGUAUCAGCAGAUGAAGGUCAGCAGUAUUAUCAGUACAAAGAUUAUGGAGUGAUAACGGAGAGCGCCCUGCACGAGUUAACCAGGAAUUUACGGUCGGGUGUGCGAUAA